AUGAACAACGUGGCCGAUUGGAUUUUGCAGAACAGGGACAAGAUCGAGAAAGGGGUGGCGAUCAUGGGGCAAGCCUCGGAGGUGCUUGCUGCCACUGUGGGCCAGCUUCACCCUGUCCUGGAGGCCGUGUUUGUAGCUUCUGCUGAGUUACUCAGCAAUCCAGACGGCAGUGAGGCUCGCUACCUGGCCCAGCAGUUUGAACAAGUCAACCAAAAACUCGAAGGGAUCCAAGACGAGAUUGACAAAAUUGCCCUGGAGCUGCAGAAGACAUCAAUGAACAAGCAGAACUUCGACCGAGAAGCCCAGAUGAUUAGUCAGUACGAGAAGUUCCAGGACUUUGUCAAUGCCAAGCCAAAGUUCAAGGAGAAGAAGAUGGAGAAGUUCCUUAACCAUUAUGAGAACACCGACGGAGAUCUAAACCUGGAUGCACUCUACAAUUCUGUCACUGGGGACAACAUGUCAGGAGACCCAAUGCUUGAAACAGUGGUGGCCAUAGAGCAGAGGAGCAGAAGGGCUGUGGAGGACUUUUGUGCCAGACUCAAGAAGCUCUUUGUGGUGGGCAUCAUUGCCGUCAUGGGCCACGCUGCCCUCAAAGAAGGAGUGGUUGGCGAGGAGAUGGUGAAGAAGUGGAAGGACCGCAUGGAGGAUGUGGAGAAGCGAAUGAAAGCAGCAGUGGAUGAGUGUACAGAGAAAUUUGCAGACCAGGCCAAACUGGAUGUGGAGCACAUGCUUCAGGAAAACCCUGCCACAGUCAGCGAUGAGUUCACUCAAACCCUUCUGGAUGCACUUGUGAAGAAAUACGACUGGGUGAGGUGGUCCAUUAGAGCCUUCCAUGAAAGGGAGCGUAUCUUCUUCUUCAACUGGCUAGCAGGAAAGAAGUGCCAUGGCCAUGGAGGCAAAAACUGGUUUGACUUUUUGACCAAGAACAAAAUCAAAGUGGUCGUCUCUUUCUGUGUUGACCCGAAGCCCAUCAACAAGAGUCAGAUCCAGGAGGAGAUCGAGGCCAGGAAGCUGAAGGGGAACAUGAUGGCUCUGGCUCUGGCUCUGAACAAGAGCUUCCCAGACUGUCUGGUCCAUGCUGUCAGCCAUUACAAGGAGGUAGUUCAGUCCAACAACUUCCAUGAGGACUCUUAUUUCUACUGGAAACACAAGCGAGCUUACCUGUGCAUCCACCCGGAGUAG